AGCAACUGCGUCUACCCACAUGGAGCCACAGCCGUCUGCUCAGGACGGUUGCCGGUCAGGCUGGUGGGGGGGAACACCAUGUGCUCAGGCAGAGUGGAAAUCCUUUACGCCUCCUCCUGGGGGACCGUGUGCGACGCCGAGUGGGACAAGAAGGACGGGGACGUGGUCUGCCGGGAGCUGAACUGUGGAGAGGCUGCGUCGGCUCCCAGUGGGGCGUUCUUCGGGAGAGGGAAUGGGACGGUGUGGCUGGACGGAGUGAGGUGUAACGGUGCGGAGGGUUCCCUGGAUCAAUGUCUCACCAAAUCCUUGGCUAACAAUACCUGCUCCCACCAUCAGGACGCCAGUGUCAUCUGCUCAGGUCCUGUGCCGGUCAGACUGGCGAACGGCAAUAACAUGUGCUCCGGGAGAGUCGAAGUGCUCCACGACUCCACUUGGGGAAGCGUGUGUGGGGAUCACUGGGGUACGGAGGAGGCCAAUGUCAUCUGCAGACUGUUGAACUGUGGAGAGGCCACGUCAGCGACAGGCAACGCAAGCUUCGGACAGGGGACUGGGCCGAUCUGGCUGUCUGACGUGAGGUGUGAGGGCACAGAGGCUUCAAUUGAUCAAUGCUCUACGAGUCCAUAUGGGGUGGACCGCUGUAGCCACGUGCAGGAUGCUGGGGUUACCUGCUCAGGUCCUGUGCCGGUCAGACUGAUGGACGGCCACAACAUGUGCUCCGGGAGAGUCGAGGUGCUCCACAACUCCACUUGGGAAACUGUGUGUGGGGAUCACUGGGGUACGGAGGAGGCCAAUGUCGUCUGCAGACUGUUGAACUGUGGAGAGGCCACGUCAGCGACUGGCAAUGCAGCCUUCGGACAGGGGACUGGGCCGGUCUGGCUGUCUGACGUGAGGUGUAAUGGGGCAGAGGCCGCCCUCGAUCAGUGCCCGGCAAAACCAUAUGGAAAUGACAAUAACUGUAGCCACAGUCAGGACGCCGGCGUUAUCUGCUCAGGUCCUGUGCCGAUCAGACUGGUGGAUGGCCAAACCAUGUGCUCCGGGAGAGUCGAGGUGUUGCACAGCUCCAUUUGGGGAAGUGUGUGUGGGGAUCACUGGGGUAUGGAGGAGGCCAGUGUCGUCUGCAGACUGUUGAACUGUGGUGACGCUACGUCAGCGACAGGGAACGCAACGUUUGGACAGGGGACCGGGCGGGUCUGGCUGUCUGACGUGAGGUGUAAUGGGACAGAGGCCGCUCUCGAUCAGUGCCCGGCAAAACCAUACGGAAACAACAACUGUCACCACAGUCAGGACGCCGGCAUUAUCUGCUCAGGUCCUGUGCCGGUCAGACUGGUGGACGGGAACAAUAUGUGCUCCGGGAGAGUCGAGGUGCUCCACAACUCCACUUGGGGAAGCGUGUGUGGGGACCGCUGGGAUAAGAAGGGAGCCAGCGUUGUCUGCAGAGCGCUGAACUGUGGGGGGGCCAGGUCAGCGACCGUGAACGCAACCUUCGGAAAUGACACCGGCCCGAUCUGGCUGUCUAACCUGAGGUGCGAGGGGACAGAGGCUGCCGUCGAUCAGUGUUCCAGUAACCCGUGGAAUACAAACAGCUGUAACGACAGACAGGUCGCUACCAUCACCUGCUCAGGUCCCGUGCCGGUCAGACUGGUGAACGGUAACAACAUGUGCUCCGGGAGAGUCGAAGUGCUCCACAACUCCACUUGGGAGAGUGUGCAUGGGGAUCACUGGGGUACGGAGGAGGCCAAUGUUGUCUGCAGACUGUUGAACUGUGGAGAGGCCACGUCAGCGACAGGGAACGCAGCAUUUGGACAGGGGACUGGGCCGGUCUGGCUGUCUGACGUGAGGUGUAAUGGGACAGAGGUCGCCCUCGAUCAGUGCCUGGCUUACCCAUACAAAAAUAACAAUAAUUAUAGGCACAGUCAGGAUGCUGGCGUUACCUGCUCAGGUCCUGUGCCGGUCAGACUGGUGAACGGUAACAACAUGUGCUCCGGGAGAGUCGAGGUGUUGCACGACACCAUUUGGGGAACAGUGUGUGGGGAUCACUGGGGUACGCAGGAGGCCAAUGUCGUCUGCAGACUGUUGAACUGUGGAGAGGCCACGUCAGCGACAGGGAACGCAAGCUUCGGACAGGGGACUGGACCGGUCUGGCUGUCUGACGUGAGGUGUAAUGGGACAGAGGCCGCCCUCGAUCAGUGCCCGGCAAAACCGUAUGGAAUUAAUACCUGUCACCACAGUCAGGACGCCAGCGUUACCUGCUCAGGUCCCAUACCAGUCCGACUGGUGAACGGUAACAACAUGUGCUCGGGGAGACUGGAGGUGUUCCACAACUCCUCUUGGGGGAGCGUGUGUGGGGAUCAUUGGGGUGCGGAGGAGGCCAGUGUCGUCUGCAGACUGUUGAACUGUGGCACGGUUUUAUCAACGCCGGUCAACACACCCUUUGGACAGGGGACUGAGCAGAUCUGGUUGUCGGACAUGAGGUGUAAUGGGGUGGAGGCUGCUCUCGAUCAUUGCCCGGCAAACCCAUAUGGAAAUAAUAACUGUAGCCACAGUCAGGACACCAGUGUUAUCUGCUCAGGGCCCCAGCCCGUGAGGCUGGCGAACGGAAACACCAUCUGCUCAGGGAGGGUCGAGAUCUUUCACAAUUCCACUUGGGGCAGCGUCUGCAGGGACGGGUGGGACACGGAGGAUGCUCGGGUCGUUUGUCGACAGCUGAGCUGUGGAAACGCCACGUCAUUGACCUCACCCGUCUCCCCCAGCCAAGCCAGUGGUCAGAUCUGGUUGAAGAAAAUGAACUGCUCUGGGACGGAGAAUUCACUUGACCAAUGUCCUGCAGACCCAUGGGGUCAACACAGCUGCACUCAUGUUGUUGGUGUCCAAUGUUCAGGUCCUGUGCCCCCACGGCUGGUUCACGGUUACACUCGCUGCUCGGGGACGGUUGAGCUGUUCCAUAACUCCUCCUGGUCUGGGAUUUGCCGGGAUCACUGGGACCUCCAGGCUGUCACUGUCCUGUGCCGGCAACUCAACUGUGGAGUGGCUGUGUCAGCCUCCACAGCCUUCGAGUCGCGGCCAGGGGGGCUCCAUGUGAGGUGCAAUGGGUCUGAGUCUGACCUGGAUCAGUGUGUCACAAGUGACCAGAGUGCGAACAAUUGCUCCCACCCCCAAGGAGCCACAGCCGUCUGCUCAGGACGGUUGCCGGUCAGGCUGGUGGGGGGGAACACCAUGUGCUCGGGCAGAGUGGAAAUCCUUUACGCCUCCUCCUGGGGGACCGUGUGCGACGCCGAGUGGGACAAGAAGGACGGGGACGUGGUCUGCCGGGAGCUGAACUGUGGAGAGACUGCGUCGGCUCCCAGUGGGGCGUUCUUCGGGAGAGGGAAUGGGACGGUGUGGCUGGACGGAGUGAGGUGUAACGGUGCGGAGGGUUCCCUGGAUCAAUGUCUCACCAAACCCUUGGCUAACAAUACCUGCUCCCACCAUCAGGACGCCAGUGUCAUCUGCUCAGGUCCUGUGCCGGUCAGACUGGUGAACGGCAACAACGUGUGCUCCGGGAGGGUCGAGGUGCUCCACAACUCCACUUGGGGAAGCGUGUGUGGGGAUCACUGGGGUACGGAGGAGGCCAAUGUCGUCUGCAGACUGUUGAACUGUGGAGAGGCCACGUCAGCGACAGGGAACGCCACCUUCGGACAGGGGACUGGGCCGGUCUGGCUGUCUGACGUGAGGUGUGACGGCACAGAGACUUCAAUUGAUCAAUGCUCUACAAAAGCGUAUUGGGUCCACAGCUGUCACCAUGGGCAAGAUGCUGGGGUUACCUGCUCAGGUCCUGUGCCGGUCAGACUGGUGAACGGCAACAACAUGUGCUCCGGGCGAGUCGAGGUGUUGCACAACUCCACUUGGGGAAGCGUGUGUGGGGAUCACUGGGGUACGGAGGAGGCCAAUGUCAUCUGCAGACUGUUGAACUGUGGAGAGGCCACGUCAGCGACAGGGAACGCAGCCUUCGGACAGGGGACUGGGCCGGUCUGGCUGUCUGACGUGAGGUGUAAUGGGACAGAGGCCGCCCUCGAUCAGUGCCUGACAAAGUCGUAUGGAAAUGGCAAUAACUGUAACCGUAAUCAUGUUAUGGUUACCUGCUCAGGUCCCGUGCCGGUCAGACUGGUGAACGGGUACAACAUGUGCUCCGGGAGAGUCGAGGUGUUGCACAAGUCCACUUGGGGAAGCGUGUGUGGGGAAAGAUGGGGUACGGAGGAGGCCAGCGUUGUCUGCAGAGUGUUGAAGUGUGGGACUGUCCUGUCCACAACAACAGAAGAGCGGAGUGGGCUGAUCUGGCUAUCUGACGUGAGCUGCGAAGGGACAGAAGCCGCCCUCGAUCACUGCUGUUCGAGCUUAUAUGGAGAAAGUAACUGCAGCCACAGUCAGGUGGCUGUUAUUACCUGUUCAGGGCCCCAGCCCGUGAGGCUGGCGAACGGAGACACCAUCUGCUCAGGGAGGGUCGAGAUCUUUCACAAUUCCACUUGGGGCAGCGUCUGCAGCGACGGGUGGGACACGGAGGAUGCUCGGGUCGUUUGUCGACAGCUGAGCUGUGGAGACCCCACGUCAUUGACCUCAACCGUCUCCGCCAGCCAAGCCAGUGGGCAGAUCUGGUUGAACAAAGUGAACUGCUCUGGGCUGGAGAAUUCGCUUGACCAAUGUCCUGCAGACCCAUGGGGUCCUGUGCCCCCACGACUGGUUCACGGUUACACUCGCUGCUCGGGGACGGUUGAGCUGUUCCGUAACUCCUCCUGGUCUGGGAUUUGCCGGGAUCACUGGGACCUCCAGGCUGUCACUGUCCUGUGCCGGCAACUCAACUGUGGAGUGGCUGUGUCAGCCUCCACAGCCUUCAAGUCGAAGCCAGGGGGGCUCCAUGUGAAGUGCAAUGGGUCUGAGUCUGACCUGGAUCAGACGGUUGCCGGUCAGGCUGGUGGGGGGAACACCAUGUGCUCGGGCAGAGUGGAAAUCCUUUACGCCUCCUCCUGGGGGACCAUGUGCGACGCCGAGUGGGACAAGAAGGACGGGGACGUGGUCUGCCGGGAGCUGAACUGUGGAGAGGCUGCGUCGGCUCCCAGUGGGGCGUUCUUCGGAAGAGGGAAUGGGACGGUGUGGCUGGACGGAGUGAGGUGUAACGGUGCGGAGGGUUCCCUGGAUCAAUGUCUCACCAAACCCUUGGCUAACAAUACCUGCUCCCACCAUCAGGACACCAGUGUCAUCUGCUCAGGUCCUGUGCCGCUCAGACUGGUCGACGGUAACAACAUGUGCUCCGGGAGAGUCGAGGUGUUGCACAACUCCACUUGGGGAAGCGUAUGUGGGGAUGAUUGGGAUACAGAGGAGGCCAAUGUCAUCUGCAGACUGUUGAACUGUGGAGAGGCCACGUCAGCGACAGGGAAUGCAGCCUUCGGACAGGGGACUGGACCGGUCUGGCUGUCUGACGUCAGGUGUAUUCACAUGAUUGCUCCAAACCGAUGUUCCUCAGACUCUUGGUGGAACCAUCACUGUAGCCACAGCCAGGAUCUCAGCCUUACUUGCUCAGGUCCUGUGCCGGUCAGAGUGGUGAACGGGAACAACAUGUGCUCCGGGCGAGUCGAGGUGCUCCACAACUCCACUUGGGGAAGCGUGUGUGGGGAUCACUGGGGUACGGAGGAGGCCAAUGUCGUCUGCAGACUGUUGAACUGUGGAGAGGCCACGUCUGCGACAGGGAACGCAACCUUCGGACAGGGGACUGGGCCGGUCUGGCUGUCUGACGUGAGGUGUGAGGGAUCAGAGGCCGCCCUCGAUCAGUGCCCGGCAAAACCUUACGGAAAUAAUAACUGUAGCCACAGUCAGGACGCUGGCGUUACCUGCUCAGGUCCCGUGCCGGUCAGACUGGUGAAUGGAAACAACAUGUGCUCCGGGAGAGUUGAGGUGCUCCACAACUCCAUUUGGAAGAGCGUGUGUGGGGAUCACUGGGGUACAGAGGAGGCCAAUGUCGUCUGCAAUCUGUUGAACUGCGGAAAGUCCACGUCAACGACCCGCAAUGCAACGUUCGGUCAGGGGACUGGGCGGAUCUGGUUGUCUGACGUGAGGUGUAAUGGGACAGAGGCCGCCCUCGAUCAGUGCCCGGCAAAACCGUAUGGAAACAAUAACUGUAGCCACAGUCAGGACGCCGGCGUUACCUGCUCAGGUCCUGUGCCGGUCAGACUGGUGAACGGGAACAACAUGUGCUCCGGGAGAGUCGAGGUGCUCCACGACUCCACUUGGGGAAGCGUGUGUGGGGAUCACUGGGGUACGGAGGAGGCCAAUGUCGUCUGCAGACUGUUGAACUGUGGAGAUGCCACGUCAGCGACAGGGAACGCCACCUUCGGACAGGGGACUGGGCCGGUCUGGGUGUCUGACGUGAGGUGUAAUGGGACAGAGGCCGCCCUCGAUCAGUGCCCGGCAAACCCAUAUGGAAACAACAACUGUAGCCACAGUCAGGACGCCAGCGUUACCUGCUCAGGUCCUGUGCCGGUCAGACUGGUUGAUGGUAACAACAUGUGUUCCGGGAGAGUCGAGGUGCUCCACAACUCCACUUGGGGAAGUGUGUGUGGGGAUCACUGGGGUACGGAGGAGGUCAAUGUCGUCUGCAGACUGUUGAACUGUGGAGAGGCCACGUCAGCGACAGGGAACGCAACCUUUGGACAGGGGACUGGGCCGGUCUGGCUGUCUGACGUGAGGUGUAAUGGGACAGAGGCCGCCCUCGAUCAGUGCCCGGCAAAACCAUACGGAAAUAAUAACUGUAGCCACAGUCAGGACGCCGGCCUUACCUGCUCAGGUCCUGUGCCGGUCAGACUGGUGAACGGCAACAACAUGUGCUCCGGGAGAGUCGAGGUGUUGCACAACUCCACUUGGGGAAGUGUGUGUGGGGAUCACUGGGGUACGGAGGAGGCCAAUGUCGUCUGCAGACUGUUGGACUGUGGAGAGGCCACGUCAGCGUCAGGGAAUACAACAUUUGGACAGGGGACUGGGCCGGUCUGGCUGUCUGACGUGAGGUGUAAUGGGACAGAGGCCGCCCUCGAUCAGUGCCCGGCAAAGCCGUAUGGAAUUAAUACCUGUCACCACAGUCAGGGCGCCAGCGUUACCUGCUCAGGUCCUGUGCCGGUCAGACUGGUGAACGGGAACAACAUGUGUUCCGGGAGAGUCGAGGUGUUGCACAACUCCACUUGGGGAAGUGUGUGUGGGGAUCACUGGGGUACGGAGGAGGCCAAUGUCGUCUGCAGACUGUUGAACUGUGGAGAGGCCACGUCAGCGACAGGGAACGCCACCUUCGGACAGGGGACUGGGCCGGUCUGGCUGUCUGACGUGAGGUGUAAUGGGACAGAGGCCGCCCUCGAUCAUUGCCCGGCAAAACCAUACGGAAAUAAUAACUGUCGCCACAGUCAGGACGCAGGCCUUACCUGCUCAGGUCCUGUGCCGGUCAGACUGGUGAAUGGAAAUAACAUGUGCUCCGGGAGAGUCGAGGUGCUCCACAACUCCACUUGGGGAAGUGUGUGUGGGGAUCACUGGGGUACGGAGGAGGCCAAUGUCGUCUGCAGACUGUUGAACUGUGGAGAGGCCACGUCAGCGACAGGGAACGCAACCUUCGGACAGGGGACUGGGCCGGUCUGGCUGUCUGACGUGAGGUGUGAGGGAUCAGAGGCCGCCCUCGAUCAGUGUCCGGCAAAACCGUACGGAAAUAAUAACUGUAGCCACAGUCAGGACGCCGGCGUUACCUGCUCAGGUCCUGUGCCGGUCAGAGUGGUGAACGGCAACAACAUGUGCUCCGGGAGAGUCGAGGUGUUGCACAACUCCACUUGGGGAAGCGUGUGUGGGGAUCACUGGGGUACGGAGGAGGCCACUGUCGUCUGCAGACUGUUGAACUGUGGAGAGGCCACGUCAGCGACAGAGAAUGCAGUCUUCGGACAGGGGACUGGGCCGGUCUGGCUAUCUGAUGUGAGGUGUAAUGGGACAGAACCAGCCCUCGAUCAGUGCCCGGCAAAGCCGUACGGAAAUAAGGACUGUGGCCACAGUCAAGAUACCGGCGUUACCUGCUCAGGUCCUGUGCCGGUCAGACUGGUGAACGGCAACAACAUGUGCUCCGGUAGAGUCGAGGUGUUCCACAACUCCACUUGGGGAAGCGUGUGUGGGGAUCACUGGGGUACGGAGGAGGCCAGUGUCGUCUGCAGACUGUUGAACUGUGGAGAGGCCACGUCAGCGACAGGGAACGCAGCCUUCGGACAGGGGACUGGGCCGGUCUGGCUGUCUGACGUGAGGUGUAAUGGGGCAGAGGCCGCCCUCGAUCAGUGCCCGGCAAAAUCGUAUGGAAACAACAACUGUAGCCACAGUCAGGACGCCAGCGUUACCUGCUCAGGUCCUGUGCCGGUCAGACUAGUGAACGGGAACAACAUGUGCUCCGGGAGAGUUGAGGUGUUGCACAACUCCACUUGGGGAAGCGUGUGUGGGGAUCACUGGGGUCCGGAGGAGGCCAAUGUCAUCUGCAGACUGUUGGACUGUGGAGAAGCCACGUCAGUGACAGGGAAUGCAACAUUCGGACGGGGGACUGGGCCGGUCUGGCUGUCUGACGUGAGGUGUGAUGGGAAAGAGGACGCUCUCGAUCAAUGCCGGGCGGAUCCAUAUGGAACCAAUACGUGUAGCCACAGUCAGGAUGCUAGCGUUACCUGCUCAGGUCCUGUGCCGGUCAGACUGGUGAACGGGAACAACAUGUGCUCCGGGAGAGUCGAGGUGUUGCACAACUCCACUUGGGGAAGUGUGUGUGGGGAUCACUGGGGUACGGAGGAGGCCAAUAUCGUCUGCAGACUGUUGAACUGUGGAAAGGCCACAUCAGCGACAGGGAACGCAACCUUCGGACAGGGGACUGGGCCGGUCUGGCUGUCUGACGUUAGGUGUAAAGGAACGGAGGCCGCCCUUGAUCAGUGCCCGGCAAAACCGUAUGGAAACAACAACUGUAGCCACAGCCAGGACGCUGGACUUACCUGCUCAGGUCCUGUGCCGGUCAGACUAGUGAACGGGAACAACAUGUGCACCGGGAGAGUCGAGGUGUUGCACAACUCCACUUGGGGAAGCGUGUGUGGGGAUCACUGGGGUACGGAGGAGGCCAAUGUCAUCUGCAGACUGUUGAACUGUGGAGAGGCCACGUCAGCGACAGGGAAUGCAACAUUCGGACAGGGGACUGGGCCGGUCUGGCUGUCUGACGUGAGGUGUAAUGGGACAGCGGCCGCCCUCGAUCAAUGCCGGGCAGAUCCGUAUGGAACCAAUACGUGUAGCCACAGUCAGGAUGCUAGCGUUACCUGCUCAGGUCCUGUGCCGGUCAGACUGGUGAACGGGAACAACAUGUGCUCCGGGAGAGUCGAGGUGUUGCACAACUCCACUUGGGGAAGUGUGUGUGGGGAUCACUGGGGUACGGAGGAGGCCAAUGUCGUCUGCAGACUGUUGAACUGUGGAAAGGCCACAUCAGCGACAGGGAACGCAACCUUCGGACAGGGGACUGGGCCGGUCUGGCUGUCUGACAUGAGGUGUAAUGGGACGGAGGUCGCCCUCGAUCAGUGCCCGGCAAAACCGUAUGGAAACAACAACUGUAGCCACAGUCAGGAUGCUGGCGUUAUCUGCUCAGGUCCUGUGCCGGUCAGAAUGGUGGACGGGAACAACAUGUGCUCCGGGAGAGUCGAGGUGUUGCACAACUCCAUUUGGGGAACAGUGUGUGGGGAUCACUGGGGUACGGAGGAGGCCAAUGUCGUCUGCAGACUGUUGAACUGUGGAGAGGCCACAUCAGCGACAGGGAACGCAACCUUCGGACAGGGGACUGGGCGGGUCUGGCUAUCUGACUUGAGGUGUAGUGGUUCAGAGGCCGCCCUCGAUCAGUGCCCGGCAAAACCGUACGGAAAUAAUACCUGUCACCACAGACAGGACGCCAGCGUUACCUGCUCAGGCCCCGUGCCGGUCAGACUGGUGGACGGGAACAGUAUGUGCUCCGGGAGAGUGGAGGUGCUCCACAAUUCCACUUGGGGCAGCGUGUGUGGGGAUCACUGGGAUUUCAAGGCGGCCAGUGUCGUCUGCAGACUGUUGAACUGUGGAGAAGCCACAUCAGCGACUGUGAGCUCAACCUUUGGACGGGGGACUGGGCGGUUCUGGCUGUCUGAUGUGAGGUGUAAGGGCACAGAGCCAGCUCUCGAUCAGUGCAUGGCAAAACCGUACGGAAUUAAUACCUGUCUCCACAGUCAGAAUGCUGGCGUUAUCUGCUCAGGUCCCGUGCCAAUCAGGCUGAUGAACGGAAGCACCAUAUGCUCCGGGAGAGUCGAGGUGUUUCACAUCUGUACUUGGGGAAGCGUGUGUGGGGAUCACUGGGGUAUGGAGGAGGCCAAUGUCGUCUGCAGACUGUUGAACUGUGGAGAGGCCACGUCAGCGACAGGGAAUGCAACCUUCGGACAGGGGACUGGGCCGGUCUGGCUGUCUGACAUGAGGUGUGAGGGAACAGAGGUCGCCCUCGAUCAGUGCCCGGCAAAACCGUACGGAAAUAAUAACUGUAGCCACAGUCAGGACGCUGGCGUUACCUGCUCAGGCAAAGUCAGCACCCUCAAUAAUAAGGAAUGCAUUCAGUCCACAGACCUCCAGAAGAAGCGCGUGUCAGGCACCGUUAGUUUUGUGGUGUUGGGAUAUCCGAUCAGCCCUGAUAACCCAGUGUUAAUCCAGGCUCUGGAGAAGAUGCUGAGUUCCAUCUUUUCCGCCAUUCCUGGGGGACGUUUACUGAAACUCACGGCACUGAAGCAGAAGGACAGCGACUGAGGGAGUGACGUGGAAGAACGAGGAGGAGAAAUGUCUCUAAUUCAGGUUCAGGUUUUCCUUUACGGUCCAUGGCCAAAAACCCACCUUGCGCUCACACCAAUCCUCGCCACGCUCCGCUGGCUCCCGAUCACCGAACAGAUCGACUUCAAAAUCCUCUCGCUCGUUUUCAAAUCGCUCCAUUUCCUCACACGUCCCUACCUCUCAGAACUACUCACUCCCAACUCCAGCCUCCCCGCUGCCUCCACCCGGCUGGCUUUAGCCUCCUGUUCAAAUCUCGCGCCCUCUGUUCCACCAUCGGUGACCGUGCCUUCAG